CCAUAAUAUUAAGCGGUGUCUGAGUUUUAGGCAUGAUUUUGAAACUGUUGUGGGUGGUGUUCCUGUUAGGAGGAGGGUGGUGGUCUCAUUGUGAUGGCUGUUGGGAUCACGAAAAAACUGCUCUCAUGCACCUCCAACCUUACUUCGGUUAUAAUAUCGAUCACGUAUCCGAGUGGGGGGAGGGAGAGGGAGAUUGUUGCAAAUGGAAUAGGGUUCAAUGUAAUGUCACCACUGGACGAGUCAUUGGACUUGACCUUGGUUCUUUCGACUGUCGACUCAGACACGGUUUCUUUGAUGAUUCUAUAGCAAUUGAUGCACUUUACGAAAUAACAGAGAGAGAGCAAUGGUAUCUCCAUAUUUCUUUAUUUCUUCCCUUUCAGGAAUUAACCACUCUUGAUUUGAGCGGAAACAGAAUAGCUGGUUUUGUUCAUAACCAAGAAAAAGGGGAACCCAUGUUGAUCAAACUGGAGACACUUGAUUUAGGUGGCAAUCUCUUCAACAACAGCAUACUCUCGUUCCUUGGUAUAUUUCCAAAUUUAAAGUCUUUGUAUAUAAACGGUAACAAAUUGGAAGGAAAUAUACAUAUUAAAGAAUUAAAUGCUUUGAGCAACUUAGAAGAACUGGGCAUGUGGGUGACCGAUUUUGUUCAAUCUCAAGAUGAUGAAACUCAACUAAGGUUGAUGAACCUCAGUUCACUUGAGUUGACAAACAACCCCUUCAACAGUAGCAUAUUGGCAUCCCUUGGUAGGCUUCGGAAUCUCAGGUAUUUAGGUCUUGGAGGCUCCAAUUUCAGGGGGUCAAUAGAUCUUACAGAGUUAACUGCUUUGACCCACUUGGAAGACCUGUCAUUAUCUUGCUAUUAUGGUGAUUCUUCACUCACGACCACAGGUAACCAUUGUAGCCUUCCACUACAGUCAGUGGCCUUAUUCCCUUCCUUAAACACUGUUCGUUUGGAAGGAUUUAAUAUUGAAGGAACCAUAAUGACUUCUCAAAAUAAAUGGCAUAACUUUACGAAUUUGGAAGAGUUAGAGGUACAUGGUUCUUUUCUCCAAACCAGCAUUCUUGGAAGCAUUGGACAAUUUAUUUCUCUGAAGCGUUUGGAAUUGUAUAAUUGUGAGAUGAAUGGAAAUUUGAAUAUCCUUGAAGGUUUGUGUAAAAUGACAAAUCUCCAAGAAUUAUUUAUUCUCUACAGUAAUUUCAAGGGUAGUUUGCCCGAGUGCUUCUCUAACCUCACAUAUCUUCAUCGCUUGGGUCUCUCUUCCAAUCAAUUUUCUGGAAAUAUAUUUGUCCUUGAGAAUCUAACAUCUCUUGAAGAAUUAGAUCUCUCUUCCAAUCAAUUUUCUGGAAAUAUAGAUAGUUUUAAAAGUCUAGCAUCUCUGCGAGAGUUGAGUGUAUCAUAUAAUCGCUUUGAAAUCCCUAUAUCAUUGGCACCCUUGUCCAACCUUUCAAAACUAAAGAGCAUAAAUGCGGAUAACAAUCUCAUAUAUGCUGAAACCCAUAUACCUUAUUCGGCCCCAAGGUUCCAACUGAAACGAAUUACUUUGUCGUGUUGUGGAGAUGUUGGAUCGUUUCCUGAAUUUCUCUAUCAUCAACAGGACUUGCAGGAUCUUGAUCUCUCUAAUAUAUUCUUCAAAGGAAACCAAUUCCCAAAUUGGUUGUUAGACAACAACUCAAAUUUAGAGUUCCUAUAUCUCACCAAUAGCUCUCUAUCGGGAACACUUCAGCUACCAUUAUCUUCACAUAUACAUUUGUCAAUUUUAGAGGUCUCCGAUAAUUUCUUCAAUGGCAGCAUCCCAACAAAAAUUGGAGAGCAACUACCAUCGUUGGAGUCUCUGAACAUGUCAAAAAAUCACUUUAUUGGUAGCAUUCCCUCGUCUUUCGGCCAUAUGACUUCAUUGAGAGUUUUGGAUUUAUCCAACAAUAAACUUGAGGGAAAAAUUUUCUCUGGAAAUUCUAAAUUACCAAACUUGAGUUUGUUGAAACUGGAUGGAAAUAACCUUUCUGGAAGGAUCCCUGAUCUAUUGUCCAAGAGCCCUUUUUUGCUAGCACUAGAUGUUAGCAACAACACACUUUCUGGAAGUAUCCCAAGGUGGAUGGGAAACAUGUCUUCUUUACAGAGAAUUAUUAUGUCCAAUAAUCAUCUUCAAUGCUCAAUCCCUAUUGAGUUUUGUCAACUUGAUUUUCUUGUACUUGUUGACCUCUCAGUUAAUAACAUCUCAGGGAGUAUACCAUCUUGUUUCAACCCUUCUCAGAUUAUACAAGUUCAUUUGGCUAAAAAUAGGUUACGAGGAACUUUACCGGGCGCGCUUCGUAACAGCUCUACCUUGGUGACAUUGGAUAUCAGAGAGAACUUCUUGAAUGGCAGCAUUUGAUAUCUUCUGUUAAGCAAGAACAACUUCCAAGGAGAGAUCCCAAUGGAGUUAUGCAGCUUGAAUCACUUAAGUAUGAUUGAUCUUUCUCAUAACAAUCUUUCUGGUCAGAUUCCCCCUUGCCUAAAACUUACCACCCUUGGGGAUGUAGACUAUGUUAAUGCCACUAUGACUGGCCCUGGCGAAUUCUCAUUGAAUGAACCAAUAGAUUUUCCAAUGAAAAAUGUUUACAACUCAUACAGGGGAAGAAUCAUACCGCUGGUGUCUGGAAUCGAUCUCUCUUGCAACAAACUGGUCGGUGAGAUUCCUGCUCACAUUGGAGACUUACACAAGAUACUUGUGUUGAACCUAUCUCACAAUAGUUUGACAGGACCAAUCCCACCAACAUUUUCUAAUCUCAAGCAAAUCGAAAGUCUAGAUCUUUCCUACAACAAAUUGAGUGGUAAUAUCCCUUCUCAGCUUGUGGGGUUAACUUUUAUAUCUUUUUUCAAUGUGUCGUUCAACAACUUAUCUGGAAGGACACCAUCAAGGGUUGCACAAUUUGGAACAUUCGAUGAAUUCAGCUACGUAGGAAAUCAUUUUCUUUGUGGUGAACCAUUGCCAAAGUGCGCGGAUACUGGAUCAUCACCACCAAAGCCAAAUUCAUCAACUGACAAUGAAAGACUAUGAUUUAAUCGACAUGGGGGCGUUUCGUGUGACUUUCAUUGCAUCUUACACAGUGAUGUUGUUGGCUGUUGCUGUUGUGUUGUACAUAAACCCUUAUUGGAGACGAGCUUGGUUUUAUCAUGCAGAAACCGCUGCCACUUUCUGCUACUAUUUUGUGCUUGACAAUCUUAUCCCCAGACGAUUUCAUUGUGGAAAUUUGUAGUGAAACAAAAUAUGCAUUCACAUGUAUUCAAA